AUGGAUGAAAAAAUCAUUGUUUAUGAACAUGGUUUUAGCAGAAUUCUUGAUAAGCAUUUGGACGACGCUAGUUUAAGUUGGACAAAACGUCUCACGAUAUGCAUUGAUGUUGCAUUGGCUGUAGAAAAAUUAGAUAGCGAUGGUAUUGGGCUUAGAGACAUCAAAAGUGGUAGUAUACUAAUAGAUAAAGAUUGGAAGGCUAAAGUUUUUAAUUUGGAAUGGAGCCUCAAGGACCCAACUUGUAGACAACCAUCAGGGAAAGAUCAUGACAGUAAAGAAUUUCUUGUCAUUUUAUUGGAGAUACUAUGUGGGAGAUUGGAUUUGGGAGUGAGUAAUUCUGAUGAGUUGUCUUUCAAAUCUUUGGUUGAAAGACACUUGGCUGAAGAAAUAAAUCUUGAUGAGUUGGUGUUUGAGGGGAUAAAGGAAAAGAUUGAUCCAGAAUCAUUGGAUCUAUUUAUCCAGAUUGUUGUUGGUCAUUGCUUAUAUUCGCCCGAAACCUUAAGCGCAAUGGUACAUCUACUUGAGGAUGCACGCGCAAAACAAGAAUACGUUGAGAAAAUCCCACAUAUUUUAGUGGAAGAAAUAAAGUUGGCGACACAUAACUUCAGUGAGGAGAAGUGCAUUGGCGUGGGAAAAUACUGGAAGCUAUAUGAAGGAGAAUUUCCACAUUCCGCUAAUUACGCUAAUACUGGACAUACGUCGAUGACCACGCUUGUGAAACGAUGGGAUGGCAAGUCAAAUCAAGGCCGUCGACAAUUUUUUAAAGAGCUUAAAAUUCAUUUCGAGAAUAAGAAUGAGAAUAUCAUUGCUAUUGAAGGGUAUUGUAGUGAAAAGGAUGAACAAAUCAUUGUUUUUGAGCAUGGGUAUAACAAAAGUCUCGAUAAGCAUUUGGACGAUUCUAGUCUAAGUUGGACGAAACGCCUCAAUAUAUGCAUCAAUGUAGCAACCGCAUUGGAUUUCUUACAUAACCUUGAUACAAGUCGCCAAAAAUCAAUGAUACAUGGAGACAUCAAAAGUGGUAGCAUCCUAGUAGAUGGUGAUUGGAACGCUAAAGUUUAUAACUUUAAGGUUUCUUCUUCGGAUGGAGAAGACAAUAAUUCAUUAGGCUAUGUUGAUCCUGAUCAGCACCAAGGAUCCAGUAUGUACAAAGAUAUAUAUUCAUUUAGUGUGGUUUUAUUAGAAAUGUUGUGUGGGAGAUUGGCGUGGCCUGAGGGAUGUGAAAAUCACUCUCAGUCUUUAGGUCCUUUGGCUCAAAGACACUACAAGGAAAAGAGGAACUUUGAUGAGUUGGUGUUUGAGGGUAUAAAGGAACAAAUUUCUCCAGAAUCAUUGAUUACUUAUCAGAGGAUUGCCAUGAAUUGCAUGACAGCUAUCGAGUAUAGGCAGCCAAAAACAGAUUUGAAAGAUCGACUUAAGGAUCAAUGGGAAUCACAAGAAAUCGCCAUGGCAGAUGUAGAGUAUACGGGGGCCGACCUAAAGAUAGCAUAUCGACUUAAGGAUGCAUUGCUAGAUCAAGAAUACGUUGAGAAAAGCCCACUUAUUUUAGUAGAAGAAAUAAAGUCGGCAACCCAUAAUUUCAGUGCGGAGAAGUGCAUUGGCGAGGGAAAAUACUGGAAACUAUAUGAAGGAGAAUUUCCACAUUCUGCUAAUUACGCUAAUACUGGAUAUACGACGAGGACCGCGCUUGUGAAACGAUGGGAUGGCAAGUCAGUUAAAGGCCGUCAACAAUUUUUCAAAGAACUUAAAAUGCAUUUUUGGCAUAAGGAUGAGAAUAUCGUUGCUGUUGAAGGAUAUUGUAGCGAAAAGGAUGACAAAAUCAUUGUUUAUGAGCAUGCGUAUAACAGAAGUCUGGAUAAGCAUUUGGACGGUACUAGUCUAAGUUGGACGACACGACUCAAUAUAUGCAUCGAUGUAGCAACCGCAUUGGACUUGUUACACAAUGGUAGAAAGACAUGGGGGUUAGUGAGGAUACACGGAGACAUCAAAAGUGGUAGCUUUCUAAUAGAUGCAAACUGGCACGCUAAAGUUCAUAACUUUGAGGUUUUUAACGAAGAGCACAAAUCGCCACUUGAUUAUAACGGUCACCCCUUAUGGGGCUUUGACCCGUUGAACCAAAGACAACGUAUGCGUAAAGAUGUAUAUUCGGUUGGUGUGGUUUUAUUAGAGAUGUUGUGUGGGAGAUUGGAUGUGAUCAGUAGUGAUCAAGAUCACGACUCUAGGUCGUCUUUAGUUACAUUGGCUCAGAGACACUUCAAGGAAAAAGGGAACCUUCAUGAGUUGGUGGUUGAGGGUAUAAAUGAAAAUGAACCUAUUUGUUUAGAUUCAAUGAUUGUGUUUCAGCAGAUUGCUCUGAUAUGCGUAGCAGAUACAGAGGAAAUGCAUCCCGUUGCAGAAGAGAUACUAGAACAACUUAAGAAUGCACUGGAAUUACAACGGUGUAUGCUCGGUAACAACGGAGAAAGAAAUCAAAAUAUAUCAGCAAGGAUGUUUUCAUACAAAAACGGCCCAUCACACAUAUGGCAAACGAUUUCAGAAUCAAGGUUCCUCUCUCAUUUAGGUUUUAAAAAGUAGCACAGAUGUUGGAUAUUUCUGAAAUGAAGAACCAAAACAGGAUAAAACUCAAUUUGUAUCUAGUCUUUAAGAUUUUCCGAUUGAGAAAUUCUCGAGCUGAAAGGGAGUAUGCGAACCUAAGUUACAAAAGGAGGAAAGUGAUUAAACUGACAAUCAUAAUAUGCUACACAGAUGGAUGAUGAUUGAACUGAGCUACUUUUCGAAAGACAAGAGAGAUAAUUGACUUUGAAGCUACUUUGAAGAGCUUUUCAAGACGGUAUUUUGGAGGAGCUAUGUUGAAGGCAUCUAGUUUCAAUGCAUAGAGACAAAGCAAAUUUAAAUAUUGACUUCGGGUUAACUAUCAGGGAAUAUAAUAAUAGAUAAAUGAGUAUAAGACUGUUACACCUAACUUGGGUGAAAACUCUCUCACAUACCAAUAUUUUAAUAUUUUAAAUAAAUGUU